AAAAAAAAAAAAAACAAUCAAAAGUCUCUUCAAAUCGUCAAAUCGAAAUCUAGGGUUUCAAAUUAAGAAAGCUGCUUUUUUCAGCGGGAAUUGAUCUAAAAGUCAAAAAGAUCAUUUUCUAUUUUCAGAAUCGAGUCUCUCUCCCUUAUGAAGAAGAUUCAGGAACAAAGAGAUGAGAGGAUUUUGUUAGCUUCGGGAUUAGGGUUUUUGAGGACAUAGAAAGAUUUAUAAGUAACUUUCAGAUUGAGGAAUGGGAGCAGACUAUGAUCCUUACGUUUUCUCCGUUGAAGAGCCUCGGAUAUCUGACUCUGCUCAUGUAAACUACGAUUACACUGUUGGUGCAGGAACAACGAAACGGAGAGAACUUCAUGGGACGAUUCAUGUUCGUGGACUAUCUGGGACCUGGGCUAAUGAACCCAGUGACAUCACUCUAAAUGCUUAUAAAAUGAAAUUUGUUUGCGAUCAAAUAGAUAAAGACUAUUGUGGAUUUGUUCUCUUGAUAGAGGCAACAUUAGACAAUGAUGUUAUAGAUCAGAAAAUAGAUCUCUAUUUACGUAAAAACAGGGUAGUCAAAGCUGUUGUUUCCCACGGUGGGCAAGUUCAUUUGAAUGCUAAUCAGGUGGAAAAAUUAAAGUUGUUUCAAGAACUUCUUUUCAAUGGGUUGUUUGGCAAGUUAUUUGUUGGAUGCAAAUUGCAGGGGACAAAGAGAGAAUUUUUGCUCAGGGAUAGAAAAGGGUUAUUAUGGAGUUCAUCAAAUAUGUAUCUGCUAUUACCUGUGGAACCCUCAUCUUCAGAUAGCCUUGAUUCUUUGAGCAUAAAUUGGAAUGGAAUUGAUGCAUGCGUUUUGGUGGUGGAGAUUUUGAGAACUGUUUAUUCAACAAAUUAUAUACAUUCGUGUCCCGAGUGUUUACUAACUUGCAGCCAGAGUUCAUGUCAGCCAACUUAUACAGGAUCAGAUACCCUUCACAUGGCCAACAAGUCUGCAAAUGUCAAUACUGUCAAGGAUAUGGUGGUGUUGGCCAUUCACACAGGAAGGAUCUACUCUGUCCUUGAUGUAAUGCAUGAUAAAUCUGCAGAAAGUCCAUUUGAUCGCUACAAGGGUAGACAGCCAGAGUUUAUUUCUUUUGCAGACUACUAUAGUAAGAAGUAUAAUAUUGAGCUUCAGCAUCCAGGACAGCCAUUAUUAUUGGUAAAGCAAAGCUAUCAACCUCAUAAUCUUCUGUCAUCAACCGUUAAAUGCGAAGAUGGUUCCAUGAUGGUAGAGAGAGCACAUGUCCACAUUCCCCCCGAGCUCUUGGCUGAUCUUAGUUUAUCGCCCAAUGUCCUGAGAUCAUUUUAUUUACUUCCUUCAGUAAUGCAUCGACUGUCAUCAAUGAUGCUGGCCUGCCAGCUAUGUGAAUAUAUUGGGCACAAUAAUUGUCAAAUAUCAAGCGAAUUGAUCCUGGAAGCAAUUACGACUUUAAGAUGUUGUGAGAACUUUUCCCUGGAGCGCCUGGAGCUGUUUGGGGACUCUGUUCUUAAAUAUGUUGUUAGUUGCCAUCUAUUUUUGAAAAAUCCGACAAUGCACGAAGGCCAGUUAACUGAGCACCGAGCUUCAGCAGUUUGUAACUCAAUGCUGCAUAAACUGGGAACCAGUCGCUCCUUGCAGGAAUAUAUUCGUGACAGUGCAUUUGAUCCACGGCGUUGGGUUGCCCCUGGGCAAAUUUCCUUGCACCCUCUUCCUUGUAGCUGUGGUGUUGAUACUUUUGAGGUGCCUUUAGAGAGGGUACAUUUGACGGAAGACACUAAUACUGUACUUGGAAGGGCAUGCGAUAAGGGUCACAGAUGGAUGUGCUCUAAAACUGUUGCAGACUGUGUCGAAGCAUUGAUAGGAGCAUAUUAUAUUGGUGGAGGUUUAAACGCUUCUUAUUCACUGAUGAGGUGGUUGGGUAUGGACAUUACAAUUGAACCAUUAUUGAUUCAGGAGGCUAAGAGGAAUGCGUCUCUUUGUUGGUGUCACUCAAAAACUGAUGAAAUCGAUAUAUUGGAAUCUAAACUUAAAUACAGGUUCUCAGUUAAAGGUUUAUUACUGGAAGCCAUCACGAGUCCAUCUCAUCAAGACUCAAGAAUUGAUUACAGCUAUCAGCGGCUUGAAUUUCUUGGUGAUUCUAUAUUGGACCUUCUUAUCACGUAUUAUCUUUUCCAGAAUCAUACUGGUAUUGAUCCAGGGGAAUUAACCGACUUGCGCUCAGCUUCAGUUAGUAAUGAGAAUUUUGCUCAAACUACAGUGAAGCAUAACUUACAGUGUCAUCUUCAACUUGCCUCUGACGCACUUUCUCAGCAAAUAACAGAAUAUGUCUGUUGCAUAUCGAAGAUAUUUGAAGACAAGGCUAAUGUAUUACCUCUUGAUGUUCCUAAAGGACCAAAGGUUCUUGGUGAUAUAUUAGAAAGUAUUGCAGGCGCAAUACUAAUAGAUACCGAUAUUGAUCUCGACAAAGUCUGGGGUGUAUUUGAACCACUACUUUCUCCUGUUGUAACUCCUGAUAAACUUGAAUUACCCCCUCUUCGUGAACUGCUUGAGUUAUGCAGUAUUCUAGGUUAUCCUAUCAAUAUGGCAUAUAGAAAUAAAGGGGAAAUGGUUGUUGCUGAACUAUCUCUACAGCUUGAGGAUGAUCUGUUGGUGAGAUGUGGAUGUGAUGCACAUAGGAAAGCUGCAAAGGCUCAAGCUGCUCUUUAUUUGCUAAAAGACUUGAAGGAAAGAGGAAUUUCUCAUGCUCAACAAGUACCUAAGAAGAGAAAGGAUGGUGACUCUAAUGGGAGAUCCUUUUGUUCUGCUUCUGAAGUCAAAAUCCCCACACUACUAGAAAAUGAUAUCAUUCGAACCCUUUCUCCAUUCAAGAAAAGCGUCAUGGGUCAAACAUCAUACUGCGAACCAUCUACAAUUUCACCUGUGGAGGAAAACUAUGGCCUAGACAACUUAGUAACGAAUGUUACGAACUUCAGACCAGAUGAAUCAGUUGCACUUCCAAUUAAGAUGGAGAAAGGUGGCCCUAGAAAUUCUCUCUUCGACCUCUGUCGAAUACUUCAGUGGCCAAUGCCAAGAUUUGAUUCUACUGAAGAGAAAUUCAGGAAACAAAUAUCACUGAAUGGAGUGAUGGGUUUCAACAGAUAUACAUCAAGCAUUACAUUGCACGUGCCAAAUUCUCCAGCAUUCCAUCUUGAGGGCGAGCCCCGAGCAGAUAAGAAAAGCUCUCGAGACUCAGCUGCACUUGCCAUGCUUCGAGCACUUGAAAAAAUGGGCUUCUGUGUCUUAACAAAGUUGUAACGAGCAAAUUAUCAUACGGAACCUGUACUGGGCUUUUUCUUCAACAAUUUUGUUUGCUAGUUUAGUUCUGCGAGUUUGAAAACAAGUGGGGAAAUCGCCU